AUGGUUAACACGUUAGAUUCCACAUUUGUCAGUCAAAGCUCUUGGAAGCCAGAUUUAUUCAAGGGUAAAGUUGCAUUUGUUACUGGUGGUGCUGGUACGAUCUGUAGGGUUCAAGUUGAAGCUUUGGUUUUAUUAGGUUGUAAGGCUGCCAUUAUAGGUAGAAAUAAUGAAAAAACUAUAGGCGUAGCCAAAGAAAUUUCAAGUUUAGUCCCUAAGGGUAGUGAUGGAACAGAUGCAGUUUUGCCAAUUGGAAAUGUUGAUGUUAGAAAUCCUGAACAUUUACAAGAUGCUGUGAAAAAAACAGUCGAUACUUUUGGUAGAAUUGAUUUUGUCAUUGCUGGUGCUGCUGGUAAUUUUAUUUGUGAUAUUGCUAACCUGUCACCAAAUGCAUUCAAAUCUGUUAUUAGCAUUGAUCUGUUGGGUAGUUUCAACACUAUUAAAGCUUGUUUUAACGAGUUAGUUAAGUCUAAAGGUUCCAUUAUCUUUGUCUCUGCUACUUUUCAUUAUUAUGGUGUUCCAUUCCAAUCUCAUGUAGGUGCAGCAAAAGCUGGUAUUGAUUCAUUAUCAAGUAGUAUUGCAGUUGAAUGGGGUCCCUUAGGGAUACGUUCAAAUUGUAUUGCUCCAGGUGCAAUUGGUGGUACUGAAGGUUUAAAAAGAUUAGUCUUGAAAGAAUUUGAAGAAAAUGGUGCUGAUAAAAUUCCAUUACAAAGACUUGGUUCCACUAAAGAUAUUGCAGAGGCAACUGUUUUCUUAUUUUCACCUUCUUCCGCUUAUAUAACAGGUACUGUUCAAAUAGUCGAUGGUGGUAUGUGGCAUUUGGGUACAACAUUUGGUGACAAAAUGUAUCCAAAAUAUUUAAUGGAUUCCAUGAAAUCAAAGUUAUGA